GUUGUUGAUACCUCAAGGGGGCAGCACGAAGCCAUGAUGCAUUCCCAAUGCAAUACCUAUAGAAGCUUCACUGCUGGGCACCUUCCCUGAGGGUUUUGUAGUAUUUAAUGUAAACAUUGCAUCAUUAUCCUUUUCAUGUCAUGCAGCAUUCAGAGAAAGAUUUUUUUUACUGUAAGUGUUAAGAAUACUUAGUGAGAGCCCAGUAUCUAUUGUUAAAAGAUACAUUUUCAACCAUGUAAUUUGGCUUUGAAAAUAUAUACAUUUUCCCUGAUAGCACCAAUAUAAAUGUAUAGGCUAAUAUAGGUUAAUAGAAAGCACGGAUAAAUUUAUUUGGUGCUAUGUAACUAGUUUGCAAUUAAAGUUAUACACAGUCUUAUGCUUUAAGCUUUUUAUUGAGAUUAUGUGGCGAGGAAGGCUCCUCAUAGUAACACUUACUAAAUAUUAUAGUACAUAUACAAAUGAAGGAAUGUGUAUGAAUAAAGAAAUUAAUAAAUUACAGGCAAACCAACUGAAUAAAAAUGUCAUGAAACUGAAAAGGCUGUGAGACUUGUUGCUGUAGCUGGGCGGGCCUAAGGCUGUUGUGCGCCAUGCAGGGGGUGUCAAUUGAAGGGGAGGAAAAAACGACUGAAGGGAGUUACCUCAGCGCUUUCCGAGAUAUGAGAUCGGGCCAUUUUCCUGUCGGUCCCUUUUUCUAUUAAAGAAGAAAAUCACGAAAAUCAGUGGGGAAAGACAGAGAGAAACACAGCCACCUUUCGGAGGGUCGUCCAGAAGACUGCAAACAGCGCCUUUCUGCUCGCGGAUCAGUCGCAAAAAUCUGCGGUGCAUGCACAGUAUUUCUCCCCCCGUGCGCGCGCGCGUGUGUGUGUUUACAAGUGUUUGAACGAGUGCCAGAAAAGAGGGAAGAAGGAGGAUAAAGCCAAGGAAGGAGGGAUGGUGGACAAUUCAAGCAGUAGUAAGGCACAAAUGCCCAGCAUGUCUCAAGAGCCUGGUGUGGCCUUUUCUCAGAACACCUCUACAGGGGGGAUGAAGCUGGAGGCAGUGAUGGAGCAGCUCCAGCGCCAACAGCAGGCCCGAUUGGAAAUGGAGCGCAAGGAGAGGAAGCUACGAGAGGCCCACAUCAUGUAUGCUCAGCAGGUUGCUGCCCAGCAGGCCAUCUUGGCAGCUGCCCGGGCCUCUGGGGCCAGCUUCAUGAGCAAAAGCCUGGCUGGAGGUGUCCCUGGUGGUGGGUUGCCUCCCCGGGUUUCCAAUCAGAGCAGUGUGGACUCGGAAAGAGAGGAUGACGAGGACAGAGGCCGGGAUUCCGGGGAUGAGGAUGACGACAAUGAGAUGAUGGAGGGAGAUGAGGGCAGUGAUGAGGAUGAGGGAAGUGCCAGUGGUCUGGAGUUCCUCCGCAAGCAGACCCUUGCUUUGCAGCAGAGCGCCUCCCGCAUCCCGGCUCGUCCAUUUGGCAGUUACUCAGCUUCGGCCCCCCAGAGGGCUGCAUCGCCACCUAUCAGAGUGAAGCAGGAACCUGACGAGGGCCUGUCUCCUGCGGGGCCUCACUCUGCCACCUCUCCUAAUGGACAGGCGGACUGGGGCUUUGAAGAUCACUUCAGACAGAAUGGGAAUGCAGGCUGGGCGGAUGAGGCUGACAGUAGCAGAGGGAGAGGAGAAGCCUCCAGAGACUUUGCUAAGUUGUAUGAGCUGGACAGUGACCCCAAGAGGAAGGAGUUUUUGGAUGACCUCUUCACCUUCAUGCAGAAAAGAGGAACCCCUGUCAAUCGUAUCCCCAUCAUGGCCAAGCAAGUCCUGGAUCUGUACAUGCUGUACAAGCUGGUGACAGAGAAGGGAGGUCUGGUUGAGGUCAUCAACAAGAAGAUCUGGAGAGAAAUCACAAAGGGACUCAACCUACCUACUUCUAUCACCAGUGCAGCUUUCACCCUGCGCACACAGUACAUGAAAUACCUUUACCCAUAUGAGUGCGAGAGGAAAGGCCUCAGCUCUCCAGGUGAGCUCCAGGCUGCCAUCGACAGUAACCGACGCGAGGGUCGUCGCCCAAGCUACAGCAGCAGCCUCUUCCGCUUCUCUCCUUCUCCCAGCACAGCCCCACACAUCCUCUCACCUCCCAAGAUGCAUCUUUCAGCUCUGGGGGCUGGGACCUCGGGGGCCCUCAAUGGCCUGCAGGCCUCACCAGGACCCUCUCUGAAGAAAGAUGACCUGACCCCCUCCAUCAUGGCAGCAAGACCCUCCAUGGCCCUGGCUCUGGGUCAUCAGCAGGUUGCCGGUUUGGCAAGAGCCGCCACGCUGGAGCAGCUGAGGGAAAAGCUGGAGACAGGCGGAGGAGAGGGGCCGGAGAGGAAGAUGGCCCGCCUGGCAGAAGAGCAGCAGCGCCUGAUGCAGCAGGCUUUCCAGCACAACCUGCUGGCUAUGGCUUCUCAAAUGCCUAUGAAUCUGCGCCUGGGAGCCCCCGCCAUCACCACCAGAGAUGAGAAGCAGCAGGACAUGUCUCUGAGCAUCUCAACUAAUGGAAAUGCCAGCAUCACUGUCUCAGUAGAGGUUAAUGGCACAAUCUACUCAGGAACCCUGUUUGCCCACAAGUCUGGUGGGGCCCCGGGGCCUGCUGUGUCGGCUGCCGCUGCUUCAGCUUCCCCCGCUGGAACCAGCACUAGCUUUGGCUUUUCUGUACCCCCGGCUCAGACCCUCAGCCCCACGUCCUCCUCCUCCUCAAAGGGUCCUGGUUCGGCUGAGCCAACCCCCAGUGGGUCACCCUAACUCAAGCCGCCCUUUGUACCUCCUCCCCAGGCCUCUCUUCCACCGGGAGACCCCGCAUGAAUAUACAGUACAAUGAGAAACCGAUAAGAAUAACAAACUGUUGCACAACAAAUACCUCAUCAACCCUGUCAACCUCUUGGCUGUCCAAUCAUGAACACAGAGCCUGAGAAUAUUGUAUGACAUCAUGUGCCCAAACGCACAGCUAUGCAUUUUAUUCAACACACACACACACACACACAAACACACACACACACACACACACACACUACACGACAAACACACACAAUCAUGCAUACACGGACACACACUUGUUAAUUCUAAUGUACAUGCUAAACACAAUCAGCUCAGCCAAAACCCACUGACAGGUGUAGUCACAACUGAACUUGAAAAGUUUUAUCUUAGGACUUUUGUUUGUUUGUUGCCAUUUUGUUGUCUUUUUGAUUUUGUGUUUUAGAAUGAUUUUUUGUGUUUUUAGUUUUUCUCUUUUUACAUACCUCAAAUCAAGUAACCUGCAGUGGUGUCUUUACCUCAGGAGCUGUAGUAUAUUUAACCUGAAUCAACUUUAUUUUUGUAUUCUUUUUGACCUAGUUGCAAUCAGGGGAAGUCGAGUAACUCACCAGUGGAACCUCGCGUACAGAGCACCCACCUCACAGUGACAGGCCUCCAACCUGGGCUGCUCAGGUUUCUUUAACAUGCUGUAGCCCCUCGCUGAACUCAAACUGGUGAAUGAUCAGAUGCUGUAGAUCAGCACAUUAAAUACCUCAUUUCAUAAAAAUCCGCCCUCAGUCCAUUAUAGAAAGGCUGGAAGUACAAACCUAAAUUUCACCCUCUCGCAGGUCCGCACAUGCUGUCUUUAAAUAAAUAGCGCACAAUGUUGGGGGGGCAGCAACUCGUAUUUAGCUACAACGAGCCUAGCAGACCCUGAGCUCAUUUCUCCACCCGGCUCCUAUCUAUGUUACAGAGUGGUAGUACUGAGGCAUUCUUAGCCGCUGCUACAGAGUCAGGUUUGAGUUUGAGUUUUCCCUCAUUUUGUUUGUGCAUCCUCCCUCCAGCCACAGAGCUGAAUGUUAGUCUGACGGCGGCGGCAUCCACGCACUGUUCUCAGACCUCACACCAGCCUCUCUGCUCUGGAGGGCAUCCCUCUCUCAGGAAACAAUGUGACCCUAACUGCAAGGAAUCACUGUUAAUUUAAAGAGAAAAAAAAAAAAGGAUUCAUACCUGAAGAAUGCACAAGUCUACAUGACUGUUUCAAGAAUACCUCAUCAGACUCUCUCAGAAGGAGAGUUACACUACAUACCUCAUAUGGCUGCAAGGCCAUCAAGACUUGACGCCCCCAACCCUGUGAUGGAAUUGGAACCUGAACUGAAACUGCGUAAAUGUACUGACACACUGCUGAUGGUUUUGGGGACAAACAGAACUGGGAUGGGCUUGCUAUCUCUCUCCUCCUGUAUUUACUUGUAGAACUUGUUUUAUGCUUGCUUCUGUUUUCUUCCUUUAUUUUUUAUUUUUUGGGGUUCCUCAAGUGUUGUCUGAGAAGAGUGAUAUAUCUGCAUCUUUUUCAGGGAAGAGGAAAAUAAUAUAGUUAGUUCCUCACUUACACGUGUAGAUUUGUAGGAUUGUCAACAGGUUUCAAGGGGUCAGGAAAUUAUCCUUCAGUUUGACUGCGGACUUCUACUAUCACAGUAAUCAUCUUCUUUCACGACAGCGGCAAAGUGAUAUGCAUGUGUACAAUCAUGUGACCAGUGUUUGAACACCAUAGUCCUCUGGUUCAUAUUAGACUCUGGUUAUUGCACAGCUAGAUACCAAAGACUAUCCCAGUCGCUCCUCUAAGAAUGAUCCCUCUUCAAUCCUGCUCACACCUGCUGUGGCAGUUCAAGAUCUAUUUUUGACUGGAAAAAAUGUUGCAUCUGAUCUCACUUGAUCCGAUUUUGAGUUUUCUUCUCAAGCAAGUAAAAUAUCUUUAGGGUGAUGUGAGGUAAAUUCCUUUGCUUCACUUUUUAAUGGCAUAACUUGAUUAUUGGAAAGUAACAAUGGAAAUAAGUCUCAAAAUCUGAUUUUGUGACAUUUACAGAUGGAUGUUUUUAAUGGCUAUUAGCAGAUAUUUAAGUGUUAUUAUCCACAACAGUUACCACAUGCUGUUGCUUCUCUGAGCUGUCUCCCUAAUUUAAUCCCACCUACUGUGGACAUAGACCGUCUCAGCCAAUGACAAUGGACAGAGGCCCAUGAGUCUAAUAAUUAAAAGACCCACUUCCUGAUAAUUCAGAAACAUCCCUUCAAUUAUAAGGUCUUUUUCUCCAUUUAAAGUAAAAUCUUACCAUCUUUGAAAAAACAUAAAGGAUCAAAAUUAAUUUUCUAGUUUUAUCUGUGUUGAAUGUGAGGCAUUUUAACUGUUUAGAAACCUCUUUAAGCCCAGUGUGAUCUGAGGUGGGCAGCCUUGUUGCUUUUUAUUAGACUGUAUUUUAGCCAUUACGUGUCAGGUUUUGCAGUGCAGAUCACAGUUGAGGGUUUGAGGGGUUUUGAGGGUGGAGCUUUAUGUCCUUGUGGUGUACCCUUUCAAAACCCUGUAUGACACAUAACUGUAUUUUAUAAAGGUGAAAAUUGUAGAAGCUGCCUUAAAAGUAGUUGCUGGUGAGAUCCGGCCAGUGGAGGUUUCACUCCUCCGCUGGUUGGGAAAAUGUCUUUCUCUUCGAGCUUAAUCCAUUGGAGAGUAAUCACUUCUUUUUUUUUUUUCUUUUUCAAGGGGAAACAAUUCAGUUAGACGUUAGACACCAGUUGUCAAAGGAGAGUUUUGCUAUUUAUUUGUGUUGAUUUUAUUUUUUCCUGGUGGACCUUGUUUUUAGUAAUGAUGAAGCUUAACGAUUUUAGGCUUUGUUACUAAAACACUUAUUUCUAAGUCCAAGCUUUCUGUUUCACCUGCUCAGUCUAAGCAUUGACUAUUUGAUAAUGUAGCUUCACUGCCUUUGUAUGUUCGUGUUUGGUUGUGUGUGUUUUGUGUGUGUGCAAGCAGGUUCAGUCCAAACUUUAUGUGGUUGCAGUUGCGACAGCAGGGAGCGCCACUGUCAGGAUUAUUACAUUAAUGGGGAGGAAGUGUUUGAAGUUUUGAUGACAUGUUUUACAUCAAUGGGGGCAGUUCUGUCCAGCAUUAGCCUCCUUUACAGUACAGCCACAGUGAUCUUCUGCUGUUGAAGGGCACUUUGUGUUUUGUUGUUUAUGGAGUGGAAGGUGUUGAGGGUUAGUUGUUCACUUCUCUCUGAUCUCUAUGUCCCUGACCUCCGACCUCCUGCCACCUGACUUGCUGUGUGGAUGAGUAUAUAUGAUGUGUUAUGCCUGUAAGCGUGUGUGUCUGUGUCUAGUAGAGACACACCCCCCCAACCCUACCCUGUACCUGUACCCUCACCCCCCAGCCCUAAACCUCGUCAUACCACAAUACCUCAGGGCAGUGGGCUGUAUUCACUGUUGCGUUGGAUGUUGAAGCUGCAUUGGGGGGCGAGUACUGACGGAAGCUGCAGUCGCUGAAUGCUACUUUGGUUUUGGUGUUGCUUUUUUUUUUUUCUUUUUUUUUUUUUUUGUGUUGUCAGUAACUGCAGGCAAGGUCUCGUCACUCAGGAAGCUGUGAAGUUGGAAGUCUGCAGAACCUUUUGUCUCUCAGAUGAUUUUGGAGUUAAUUCAGUUUUAAAUUGUUUAAAAACUAACCUGAUCUGUGUAAAAACAGGCGCAUAUGCAAGUGGUUAUCGAAUACCUCAUUUAUCAAUUUUAUGUUGUUGUUUUUGGCUUGUACAAUGCUCCGUAUAUUAAUUCAACUGUGGGGUUUGUGCAUAUUUUUGUACUGUUGUUAUUAUUAUGGACAUGAUAAUAAUGAUAUUACUGAUAUUAUAGUUUUCUCUUUGAUUAAAGUAAACAUAAAUAAGACAAAACACAUGAAUGCUUGUAAAAACUGGUUUGUGCUGAUUGUAUUUAAGAGGAGCACUUUUCCAAAGUGGUUUUCACACAUUCAGUUUUGUUCAUAUUAGUAAUAUAAAGAUAUGGUUCUCAGGGCUUUAAACUUGUAUGUCAUGAUAAAGUUUUACUUUAUAUCUUA